ACCCUGUGUUCUCUCAUCCGUUUUGUUUAAUCCUCAGCGCACCUGACCCCAGAAGGCUCAGUAGUGAGCAGCCGGUGGUAGAAGAGAAUGAAGGCCCACAGGACUCACUGGAUGAAUGUUAUUUGACCAGUUCUGUUGGCCAUGACCUGUCAGACUCCUGUAGGCCUGACAGAGGUGCCUCAUUCCCUUGGGACCAACAGGGAGUCUUCUCAGCGCUUGCUGUACAUGGUGACUCCUGGGAGGACCGUCGCCAAGGGCCUUUGAGUUUCCAAGGGUCAGAGAUGGAAGCUUCACAAGCACAACUGCAGACAAGCACCCAGGUGACCCAUCACCUGCAGCUGCAGCGGGACCAGCAGUUUGACUGUGGUGACGGCAACGCCAGGCUCGGCCUUCCCUCCACCGUGUGGGGCUUCACAGCCAACACUGAGUUUGGAGACCAAGGGCUGCCCCUGCAAGAGCUGGGUUUGGAUGCUUCCAUCGGAAUGAAGAUCCCUCCCAAGGUGGAGGGCGAGGGCUCAGCUACCAGCCAGCAUGAACGUCAAGUCUCUAGCAACAGUAAUGCCUCCAGUGUCCUGAAGCAGAAGAUUCUGCGAAGAAAACUGCUGCGCAGCAAGUGGAGAAUAGCAUGCAGGUUCCCUGGCCUUCAAGCGUAGGGGACAGAGCACCAGCCUCGGGCUCCCCCUUCAGCCCCUCCUCUCAAGAGGAUCCCAGCCUGCUCCUGACUCUUGUCACCAUGUGGUCAUCCCUCCAGGCUCAGCCGUCAGCAGAACCCAACGAAGACCCACAUUUGAUCCCUCUGUCUCUCUCUCUGUCCCUCUCUCUAUCUCUCCUAUGUCUCUCCAUCUCUCCCCUGUCUCUCUUUCACAGUUAACGCAUUAUUUUCGGUACUCUGAAAAGAUUUUGCCAAUUUGAAGAAACCACAUCAUCAAAUUUACCUUUCCCACUAGAUGUAAACUAUCUGCAACAGAAAAUCCGGUUAAAGUCCAAACUGAACACUGCAGGGAUGCUUUGCUGAGAAUCAACAUCACAAUCACCAGCCACAAUCCAUGAUUUUUACUCCAAAGGACUGAUUUGAUGGGAGAAAUCCCAGGCAUCAGUCCCCAAAUGUGACCCAGUGCUAAGGAGACCAGUGCUUUGCUGGAUGCACAGCUGUGAGAGACUUUAACACUUGCUUCUCUGAAUUGCCAUCCUGCACACACUGGCAUCUGGAGCAGCUGGAAGAAGGCAACAUGUCAGCCUGGACAAUCUUUGCCACCAGAUGGGCUGUGCUCGGUGCAGGUGCCAUUAACCAUGCAGUGUCCAUGCUGAAAAGGUUUCGCUUGAGUUUCGUCAUGAGGCAGUUAUCAGACAACUGCAGAAUCUACACCACUGAACAGGACAACUGGCCUGUCUUUUUGAAACAGGCAGUGCCUCCACAAAUUAGAUGACAGAAAGGAGAAGAGAUGUUUUGGGUUCCAAAGAACUAAAGAGAUUGUGCUGCUAUAUUUCUUUAGUCCUUUUGAACCCAAACCCUCUCCUCACCUUUCUGUGGUUGUCUUUAAUGGUGGUGACAUUGACUUGUGUGCAGAACACAGGUCAGUCGUCUGGCUCAAAGGUCUACAUUCUGCAGUUGUCUGACCCCUUCCUCAUCAUUAAACUCAGGCCAACCCGUCUGCCAAUGAUGCCACUUACUGAACGCUGUUUGCUUCCUGGCACAGCCCCUCUGGAGAGUAAGCACGUCCACUUUGCGUGUCACCACUCUUGUCCUCUUAGCAUUGAACACUUCGUCAUGGAGGCAGGAGCCAGUGAGAUCCGUUCAUUGGAACACACGUUUCUCUGUGUAGAGUCAGUGAUUUGAUGAGUAGUUCUCUGAGAGUGAAUAAAUAUCUUAUUCUAUGAUUGUCAUUCUCUAAACUGUUGCCAUCCCUGAUCGAUCCCCGAUGUGUGUCAAUUACCAUAUUUGUGUUUGUGAAGCAGAAAUUUUCCAGUGCAGUCAUUCUGUUCAUUUGUACUGCUGGCGUUGUGCUGUGGAAAAGACAAUCCCUACCCCUUCCAUUUAAGUAAAAGUUCUUUGGGGUUUUACUGUGA